CACUUCUUGGCACCUCAUCAAUAGCGAACAAUAUCCUUAUUACUUGUUACUUAAGCUUUGCCCCAACCUUAUGCUGAUUACUAUCAUAUGAUGAAACCAAACACGAAUACCAUGGCUGAUUUCGAAAAUCUCAAAGAAGUUGGUACGGAGGCUACUCAAAAGCCAAAUGCAAGUGCAAACCAGAACAAUGGAGACAACAGCAACGGUAAAAAAUCAAGACCGGCAUUAGUAGUAGAAAAGCCCGUAGUGGGAUCGAUUGAUCAUUUGGCAAUCAGUAAAUCUCUGGGAUACCAAAUAUUCCGGAAAACAAGGAGAAAUGCAUGGAAUGCUGAUGAGGACAAAUGUUUGAAAGAGUUGUUGAUUCAGCAGCACACAAAGAAUAAUAGACUUAGUGAGUACAAUGAUGAGCAAAUAGACAUAAAGAUGAUUGAUUGGUUUGACAUCGCAAGCAAAAUGAAAACAAAAAGAAAAGGGAAAGAAUGCAAGAAACGUUGGGUGAGUUCUUUGGAUCCAUUCUUGAGAAAGGGCAAAUGGACGAAAAGUGAAGACGAAGCAUUGAUCAAUGCUUUCAAGAAACAUGGGGCAUCAUGGCAGAAAGUAGCAUCAGAAAUCAAAGGCAGAAACGAAGACCAAUGUUCGAAAAGAUAUACCGAAGUCUUGAAUAGCGAUACGAAAGAGAGACUUAAGCCAUGGAGUUUGGAAGAAGACCUCAUACUCAUAGACCAAGUUAAACAACUUGGAACUAAGUGGAGGCAGAUAUCAGGUUCUUUACCAAGCAGACCUAGCCUUACUUGCAGGAACAGAUGGAGAAAAAUUAUGACAGAUAUUGCAAAGGAUAGUGCCUCUAAUGUUAUCAAAAGAGCUGUCGGAGUGCUAGACGAAAAUGGAGUGCCCACAAUCAAAUUCAAGCAGACAAAUCAGUAUGAGGAAGAAAAUAUCGGUAAGAUCAAUAAAAUUUUUCAGCAGGAACGAAGUAAGUCGGAUUCAAAGGCUCAAGGAGACGAUAACAGUGAAAUCGAUGCUGAAGACAACUCGACGGAAAAGUCAAAAAGAAUUCUUGAAGACGACCAUGAUACGCCGGGGAGUUCCAAAAGACAGAAAUCAGGAAACAAUAGUACUGCCAAAAAAGCACCUGUGUCCGAAAACUAUAAUACAACCACAUCUUAUCCUCGUAUCGAGACCCCAGUACGAACACAAACAGAUUGGUCUUUCUCACUCCUCGAUCCGAGAACUAAUGAGGAGUUAAAGUCCUACACCGGUGAUAUUAACACACAAGAACUUGCACAUUAUCUUAUUGAACUAGCUCGUUUUAAUGGUGUUACAUUAACAGUCCACCAACACAUACACCACCAUUAUUCUUCAUCAGCUGCGGCCGUUUCAUCAGACCCUCAAACCAACAUCUCGAGGUAUGGUCACUUUAAUUAUCUUCCCCCUCUAAUUGAGGUCCCAAAGUUGACCUCCUCUUCUUCCCCUGACAACACUGCAGAAUCCUCCACAUCAGCCAAAAAUUACACUGAAAACCCAUUAUUGCGACUCCUGAAUAAUGAUGAUGGGUCCAAUAAUACUUCCAACGGCUUUGAUUCUAAUCGCCCAAUUAACAGUGAAAGCAGUGAAAGUGGAACUAACUUGCCAAAUAAGAAAGCUAGUCUUUCCAUUGGCGAUUCGAAGAGCAAUUUUCUCAAAUCUCAUAGACAACAACUCCACGCGUCAAGACCAUCUCAAUACAGUGAACAAUCUCACAACUUGGAGUAUAGCAAUUCAAAUAGUAACCUACAAUCUCCGGGACCAACGGACACCCGUGGAACCAAAACUGAAAAUAUAAAAGAUGGUGAGCAUACCGGGAAAAGUUAUACUACUGAAGAUUUAGGAGAGGAGCUUGAUUUUUGGGAAACUAUGAGAUCUAUCAGUAGGCCAAAAAACAAUAAGCCUGUUUCUCAGCAUCAUCCUCUUCAUUAUUAUCAACCAUCAAACUACAAGGAGCAGUUACCAUAUCAACCUUCUGACUCCUUCGGUAUACAGCGUUUUCCUAAUAUGGCAACUCCUUUAGUGACCAAUAUGAUCAGAGGAGAGAAAAAUACAAAAUCGGUAGAAACAAGUGUUACCAAUGUGAAUACAGAUGAAAGUUACGGUGGCAUGUAUAUGGAAGGUGAAAACGAUGAUGCAGAAGAGGAAGAGGAAAUGGACAUUGCCAACCAGUAUGGUUUGUACUACAAUGUUUUUGCAAAUAAAAGUCAAGCCAACUAUGGAUCAUAUGGCAAACAACAAAAUAAUGGCGUGAACAGCGGAGCGGUGGAUUUGGUGAAUAGUGGUUACCUGAUGCCUUUCAACCCUUCCUGAGUAAUAAAGAAGCAGUUUUUCAUAGCGUGUACAUUAGUUAAAGAAUAUAUAAAUCAUACCAUAUAAACAAUCAUAUAAAGCGAAUCGAACACGAGUCAUAUCGAACAAACAAA